AUUACUCGUAUUUUAAAAAGUUAUUGGCUCUCGUAAUCGUCGCUCGGGCUUUGUUUUCACUUUGUUGUUCCCCGUGUGUGUGUUUUGAAUGUGUAGAGACGCGGUAGCAUCAUCAUGCUGGACUUCUUCACCAUCUUCAGUAAAGGGGGCAUCGUUCUCUGGUGUUUUCAGGGCGCCGGAGUCACGGAAUCCUUCACCGGGCCUGUCAACGCUCUCAUCCGCUCCGUCAUCCUACAGGAACGAAGUGGCAACAGCUCCUUCACUCAUGAAGCUCUGAGUCUCAAAUAUAAACUGGAUAAUGAGUUUGAGUUGAUUUUUGUGGUGGGUUUUCAAAAGAUCUUAACGCUGACAUAUGUGGAUAAAUUCAUAGAUGACGUCCAGCUUCAUUUCAGGGAUCUUUAUAAGAAUGAACUGGAACAGAAAGGAUCUUUGAAGCUUCUCAACAACAGCUUUGAUUUUGAGAAGGAUUUCAACAUGCUCCUUAGGGAGGCAGAGGAGAGUAGCAGAGCUCGAAUCUCUGCCCCAAUGCGAUCUUUUAAGGAGUCUGAGAAAUCCCAAAAAACUGUGAAGUCAAUGAUUGAGAUGAAGGGUGGUGACAAAGUCAAAGAACAGGGUGGCAAGAAGAAUAAGAAUUCCAAAAAAGAAGUUCCUGGAGCUGAGCCUGCCAAAGGGGAUCCAGGCAAGGUCUCAUCCUCUGCUCAGAAGAUGGUUGAGAAUGGUAAUCAGGGUUUGACACCCGAUGAGGUGAAGAAGAACAGAGAAAUGUUCUUCCGCAAACACAUGGUGGCACCACCUGAGAAACAAAGCAAGUCCCCUAAACCUCAGAAGCCGAAGGAGAAACAAAUGCGAGUUUGGGGCAUGGGUGGUAGCAGCACCAAGAAUUUGGACUACAGCCAGAAGAAUGGAAACGGUUCCCUUACUGAUGACAACCAGAAACAUGAUGCCCAAAUUGAUUCGGGGAUUCAGCUUAACUCCAUGAAGGGAGACUUGCUGUCUGUUUACUGUGAGUCCAGUGGUGAUGAGGAAAUGGAGGAAGAAGAGAUUGAGAGAGUUAUCCAUGAUACAAACAAAAAAAUCUCAAAAAAGGGUGGUGGUUUUGGUGGUAUGUUUGGAAUGCUGAAGGGUCUGGUGGGCUCCAAAAGCCUCACCCGGGAGGACAUGGAGUCCGUCCUGGAAAAGAUGAGGGAGCACCUCAUUGCAAAGAAUGUAGCAGCCGACAUUGCUUCCCAGCUCUGUGACUCAAUAGCCAAAAAACUGGAGGGCAAAGUCAUGGGCACAUUCACCACUGUGGCCUCAACUGUAAAGCAGGCCCUGCAAGACUCACUGGUGCAGAUCCUACAGCCCAAGCGAAGGGUGGAUAUUUUGAGAGAUGUCAUGGAUGCCCAGAGCCAGCGAAGGCCUUUUGUCAUUACGUUCUGUGGUGUCAAUGGGGUUGGCAAGUCCACCAACCUGGCCAAGAUCUCCUUCUGGCUCAUAGAGAAUGGUUUCACUGUCCUGAUCGCAGCCUGCGAUACAUUUCGUGCUGGAGCUGUGGAGCAGCUCCGCACUCAUCAGCGGCGGCUCAACUCUCUGCAUCCCCCAGAGAAGCAUGGCGGGCGGCAAGUAGUCCAGCUGUAUGAGAAGGGUUAUGGAAAGGAUGCAGCUGGAAUUGCCAUGGAGGCCAUUGCCUAUGCCCGCAAUCAGGCCUUUGACGUGGUUUUGGUGGACACUGCUGGCCGUAUGCAGGACAAUGCACCGCUAAUGACGGCUCUGGCCAAACUCAUUGCUGUCAACAUGCCUGACCUGGUGCUGUUUGUUGGCGAGGCUCUGGUGGGAAACGAGGCAGUGGACCAGCUGGUGAAGUUCAACCAGGCUCUGGCCGAUCACUCUAUGUCUGACAAGCCUCGACUCAUUGAUGGAAUUGUCCUCACAAAGUUUGACACCAUUGAUGACAAGGUUGGUGCUGCCAUCUCCAUGACCUACAUCACAGGUCAACCCAUUGUGUUUGUGGGCACAGGGCAGACCUACAACGACCUGCGGAGCCUCAACGCCCGUGCUGUGGUCAGCGCCCUGAUGAAGGCCUGAGCGGCUGCAUGAUUGGUUUAUUCUUUGUUGCAAUGAAGCUCACCUUCAAAAGCUGACCUGAAAUGUUCCAGUCCUGCCAGCCUCCAUUUCUCAUCCUCCAGCCAUGUCCCCCAAAUGAACUAAACACAUGCAUAGGAUUUUAUUUGCUCAGCUCCAGAAAGUCUGCACUUUGAGAAAUGACAAAAAGAACUGGUGUUGCUUUCCAUCACCUCAAAAUUUUGGGGAGUUAAAAGGCACCUCAGAUCUGGAAAAACAAAAGCCCAAGUAUUUUUAAUGUUGUAGAUCCAAUAAAAUUAAUUUCAGCUUUGAAUGUCAGUUUGUUGGCUUUUACAGGCUGUUUUUUUUUUAAACACACCUUUAUGCAAAUAAAAGCAGGUCACGGUGACAUUUGAGCAGCUGCCAGUGCAUGAGGAAAGCUUAGUGACCAUAGUGCCUGUCCUCUUUGUUUUCAGUUAAUGUUCACAAAAAUCAUCCUGCCUGGUCACAUUAUGUAGACUGACUCAUCAGGGAUGGAUAGAAUGGUGGUAACACAGAUUAAACGUUGAAAUGUCUGAGCAGUUGCUGUACUCAUCAGUCUUUGUCCUGCUUUGGUUUCAGUUUGGGAAUAUGUGUGUGUGUGUUGCCAAAA